AUGGCAACGAACACCUGCCUGAAGCAACACUGUAUCACCUACACUGCCUCAAUGAUACAAUACUGCAUCACCAUGGCAACGUACACCUGCCUGAAACAACAGUGUAUCACCCUACACUGCCUCAAUGAUACAAUACUGCAUCACCAUGGCAACGAACACCUGCCUGAAUCAACAAUGUAUCACCCUGCACUGCCUCAAUGA